GGAAGAAACGCGAAAGUGCAAAAGUGUGAGUCGCUUCCAAAUUAUUGUAUCACUGUCGCUUCUUGAGGUCACAACUUGUGGCAGCUUUUGGUCUUUCAACAUCUUGAGUGCAAAAUUUUCGUGUAAGAAGGAUUCAGUUGGUACAUCAGUUCUUAGCCAGUCUCGGUAUAAUUUGAUAGUCAUGUUGCAUGACUUGUGUGUACUACUACAAUUUUGUUAGUCGUGCAACUACAAGCUUGGUUUCGGGUACAACUACGUACCCGGUAGAAUUUAUUUAGGUUUUCAAUAGAACAACUAACAGAAUGUCGAAGUGGUCCACGCUGGAUUUUCACUACAGCAAUCGCCAGGCGGUGGAGCGGAAGAAGCUGCAGAAGGAGAUCGACAAGCUUCCGCCCAUAUGCAUUGCAAAAGUGUCUGAGUCUGGAAACAUGGAACUUGUAGUGCUAGUCCUACGUUCCUGUAAGGACUGUACUGCAUGACCAACAAAGUUGUAGAAACGCGCUCUUUUGUCAUAUAAAAGCGCAGCUUGUCAUGCCGACUGCGCAUGACAAAGUGUUCGGCAAACUUGUCAUGCUUGGCUGCCUUACGAAGUAGUUCAGUCGUGCACAGUUCAGCAUCACAAGUUUCCAGACCCAGACCCAGUCGAGCACCCACAGGCUCCCAGGUGCCUAGCGCUUUGGCCAGCGUAGCACCUUGGUAGAGCCUGCGGGACCCCGUGGGCAGAAGUUCAUUGCACCCAAUUUGUAUGUUGCGCAAGCGAUAGUAUAAGUAGCAGUAGUUAGUUCCACCGGUGGACAUAAUAGCAUGUUUUAAUCUCUCUCUACAUAGUGCAUCCACGUAGUUCUCUUUUCUUUUCUUUCUUCAAAAAGUUCAAGUCGUUCUCUUCCCCGUGCUGUACCAAGGUCUUGUUUCCAGACAAAACACCAGACAUAUCUGCAUUUGAUAGCCCAUCCCUAGCGCCCUGCCGACCGCCGGCACCACCGGGGUUCGGAAAAGUGCGUAUCCCAAGGCAAAGAUACUCGUGCGCCCGACCCAGGGCAAAACUGGUAAAAUACAUUAUUUGUUUUACCGAGUUUUCAUAAACAAGCAGUUGCUGUGCUGUGCUGGUUCUAUCUACAAACCCCGAGGUCACUUAUUUGCAUAGGAAUUAUAGUAGACGUAGAGAUGAGAGAAGUUUUAUAUCCGAAGAUUUGUUUCGCUUUUUUUAGGGUAAGUUGUUCUUGUCAACGAUGAAAACAACCAAAAUCCAGACCUCUCCGUUCCCCCUCUGAUCGAUGUGAAAACGGGGCGGAAGCAGUCGUACAAGCAGCCGAAGAAGUUCGCGGACGCGCCCUUAUUGGAGCAGCCGGAUGAGCCCAGUGCCUUGUUUAAGGCCUUGCUCGACGUGGACCGAGCCUCGGGCGGAAACCAAGGUGACAGCGUUCUUGCAGCAAACACGGAGCAAGAUGACAGCAAGUUGGGGAAGACUUCGGUCGAAAAGUUCCUCACGACUUGGGGUCUGGCGAAAUAUGGACUGCAAAAGUAUCGCACUCGUAUAAAUGCAUUACAAAUUUCCUCACCAUGAGAAAUAAUGCGGAUUUGACUCAACAAAAAGAUUUGUAAUGCAUGACUGCAAUACGAAUACGAUGCUUUUGCAUUUGAUACGAGAUACGCGAGUACAGUCAUCGAGGAGCAUGGGUUUGACGAGCUGUCGCUGUUGCAAGAGUUGGGCCGCAGUAUUACAAUGAAAAAUGCCCCCACCCCCGAACUACUUGGGAGCAUUUGUAUUGCAAACCUUUCCAAAUGAAACAUUCGCCCGCUUGCAUCUAUCAGCAUCACAAGUUAUUUCCAUCCGUGAAUAAAGCAAAAAUUUGUAUUGCAAAAGACCCCAGCAAGUAGAGCGGCGCUUGUCAUGCAAGCGAUGCGAAGAUACACGCGUAGGUUCUGCAGCAGAAAAAUUCAUCCUCCUUUCAUGCAUAGAUAAAAAGUUCUUCAUUUGAAAACCUUAUGCAUCACAAAUUUUUGCAAUAUCAGGGGUGGGGGGCACUUUUCACUGCAAUAAGCAGCUCCGAGGAGAAUGAAACUGACCUCGCGGACGAACUGAACCUGCCCAAAGCCGCCGCGACCCUCCUGCUCCGAGCGUGCAAGACACUCGGCGGCGGUUUGGGGAAAAUCAAAACAGCCGAGACAGCUGCACUAGGAAGUUGUAGAGAUGUUGAGCAGGACGAGGACCACGAGCAAGAGCAAAACGAGCAGCUGCACAAGAAUUUUUCAACAACACCAGGCGGAGUAGAAAUACUAAAUGUAAAAAAUCCGGGCUGCAUGCUUCCAGAAGGAGGAGCUGCUGCUGCGGAUGUUGGGAGCCCCGUGCAGUUCUUGGAAGAGGAAGAGGAAGUAGAGAGGCGCAGCUCGAACAACUUCAAUUCCCGGAGCAACAUUUUUGAAGAAGAGGAGCAGCAGCAAGAGAACCUCCUGGAGGAGCUCCCCAGCGACGAGGACGAGGCCUUGGCAGCUAUUGAAACUACAACCGCAGAAGUUCACCUCGGCCAGACAGCAAAUUUUUCCAAGCCUGCCGCGCGCCCGCAGUCCAGCAGCGGCACUACAAUCGGCAGGCAUGACGACAAAGGUGUUCAGGGAGAGAGGAUAACUUCCAGCACGGGGACCGGGGAAGCUUCUGUUUAUUCCACAACGUCGCAAACGAACAGGACUCUUCCACCGCGUCCAAGUACCGCGCCCCUCGCUUUGCCGAAAAACUGGUCGAGGAUUGAGAACCGCGGCAAAAUAUCAAACAAGGCGAGGGAGGUUUCCAUACAGGAAAAUUGUGUGGAAGUGAUCGAGUACAAGUCCAGCACUAUCAAAUGCAAAAGUGUCUGGGUCUGGAAGGUUGGAGUUUGUGAUGCUCACUCUGGACUCGAAGAAAAUCUGUAUUGCAUGACCAGCAAGAGGAGUCUACUUUGUGCUAGGCGGGGAGGGCAUUUGUCAUGCGGAUUAGGCACCAGGAAGUCCCCUAAAAAUCGGUGUUGCUAGGUCAUGCAUCACAGACAUCCUGGGUCAUGCAAAAUAUGCAUGACAAACCCGGCCACAAUCCAGACGCAGACAAUUUUGCAAUCCAUAAGCACAAGCCAGUCACAAGAAACGGCGGUCGACUGGAACCAGCUGAUAACGAAGCAGCGACUAUCAAAUGUAAAAAUGUCUGGGUCUGGAAGAUUGCCAGGUUUGUCAUGCACAUUUUGCAUGACUCCUGAUGUCUGUGAUGCAUGCCCUAGCAUCACAGAUUUUGUGAGGGCUUCCUGAUGCCUAUACCGCAUGACAAAUGCUCUUUCCGUGUAGCAAAACUUGGACACUCUUUGCUGCUCAUGCAAUACAGAUUUUUUUAGAAUCCAAAAUCAGCAUGACAAGUUGGAUUCUUCCAGACCCAGACAUUUUUACAGUUGAUAGCGACAGGUUUGCUACUACUGUUACAAGCAGUUCUAUCCCACGAAAAAAGUCGUGUUACAGUUACACAUUUGUAGUCAAUUCAGCAACGCAAAUUUCUCUGCAUGAGAGACUCGUAAUGCAGAAAUCCUACGGGAAAACACCUAUGAAACGAGGCUCCCAUGCAUAUCCGGCAUGACAGAGCUUGUCUGUCUUGCUUGGCCUGCAACACAAUGUGUAGCCGUGACACUUUUUUCUUGCGAUAAGUUCCAGCUGGAACUUUCCGCGACGCCGGAGUUCGUCGCGCAGUUUCUCGGCCAAGAGCGGGUGUUUUGCUCUUUUACAUGCAAAAACGCGUUCGACCAGGAGCAGGGGGAACGAAGAAAGAAAAAAAGUGCAGCUACACCCGGCAGCUUGAGUACCGCAAAACAAGAAGAAGAAGAAGUCGUACAGAACCACGACCACGUUGGAAACAUCACCACGAGAGGAAAGAAUGUUGAAGAUAGCUGCACACGACCUACUUCCACUUCACAGAUUGAAGAAGCAGAAGAGGAACAAGAACCACUGGGGGCCCCGUCUUCAAAACACUUCAGUAAGGAGCCUCCGAGCAGUAAAAGCGUCAAGAAGAUCAACAAGAAAGAAACGAAUACUUCAUCUGCGCUCGAAGACGAGAUCCUCGCGGCCACCGGACUGCAUCUGGUUAUCACACAGAAAAAAGCUAGCGUAGAAGCAGAAUGUAAGAAUAGGCAGGAGAAGAUUCAUCAUCUCUGGGUGUAGGUAGGUUUGCAUUUUUAUACAAAUAGUCUGUAUAAUCAAUCUCAUUCUGAUAUGCUAGGUUUUUUCUCUGGGAUACUGGUUCCCUCGGAGAAACAGGAAGAGGAAAAUAUGAGAGUGCACAACUAUAAUUUCGAUUUGCCCUCCUGCCCCUCCUGUGAACAGCAUAAGCAGCAAUAGAGGCACUGCAGCAAAUCUAAUUUCCGCAUGACAAAUAACUUUCCCCGCAGCGCGGAUGAUUGUACUGUGUGUGCAGUUGAUGCAUUACGUGGUGCUGAUGAAAGGAAAGACAAAGAUGUGGACUUGGUAGUUUAUUGCAUGACAAGAAAUUUUUAUACGCGAGAGGAGCACGACCAAGGGGAAUUGUUGUGUUGUGCACUCGUAUAAAACAGGAGAAGCUAAUAAGAGAGGCGGAGGAAGAGCUCGAGGCGCGGAAGCGAAAGCUAUCAAAUGUAAAAAUGUCUGGGUCUGGAAGAUUGCCAGGUUUGUCAUGCAUAUUUUGAAUGACCCAUGAUGUCUGUGAUGCAUGCCCUAGAAUCACAGACUUUUAGAGGACUUUGUGAUGCCUCUACCGUAUGAGAAAUGCCCUCUCCACGUAGCACAAAGUGGAGUCCUUUUGCUGGUCAUGCAAUACAUUUUUUUUUAGAAUCCAGAGACAGCAUUACAAGUUUAGAAUCUUCCAGACCCAGACAUUUUUACAGUUGAUAAAAGCUCGCCUGGUACGAAUUUUUGGAGCAGGUAGAACUGAGCAUAUCAAGUGCAAAAAUGUCUGGGUCUGGAAGAUUGCCAGGUUUGUCAUGCAUAGUUUGCGUAACCCAUGAUGCCUGUAAAGCAUGACCUAGCGUUACAGAUUUUUGAAGGGCCUUCUGAUGCGUAUUCCGCAUGAGAAACGCCCCCUCCGCGUAGCACAAACUGCACUCCUCUUGCUGGUCAUGCAAUACAGAUUUUUUUUACCUUCCAGAGACAGCAUCACAAGUUGCAACCUUCCAGACCCAGACGUAUUUGCAUUCCAUAGAGCAAUAGUGCGUACAACUUGGUGAGGACCUGAGUAGAUAUUGGGCAGGGGGAGAGGAUUUGGAAUUUUUUGAAGCAAGAUAGAAUGACAAAUAGAAAUGAUCAAAGACGAAUCAAAUCAACCAAAUGCAGUAAAGUGGGCCCUGCAAUGAAAAAGAAAAUUCGAAGCAUCCCGGCCGCCGAAAGAAUAGAGAAAAAUGAAAUGGACAUGAAGUGCCGUUGGAGCAACAAUUUCUGAACAAGACCGUCAAGUAGAACUUCCUCGGGUUUUCUUAU